UUGUAAAGGGCUUGAUCUAAUGGAUUCGAUUAUUUGUCCGAUCAAAUAUAAACCAAGAUCCGAAACAAAAUCUCAAAAAAGAUAAAAAAUUAAUUCACCUUGGAAAAACAGAACAGGAAGGUUGACCGAACCAAAAAGAAAAGAACGGACUUUUCCUUUUCCACAUUGCCUUUUCUCUUCUUCGAUCACUUUAUACAAUUAUUCGCAUACAUUCACAAAGCUCAGCAUUAUACGAGUGUUGUCACAGAAGAUCAUUACUUUCCACUUCAUUUUCUUCUUGUAUUUUCUGGGAUUGAUCUCCUGUUUCAAGCUGAUUAUCAAAGAUAAAAGAAGAAGGGAGCGUUUCGAGAAAAAAGAAAAAUGGCUGUUGAAAUGUUGGAGAUGGUGGUUAAAAUGAGGAAAAUUGUGAUCUUUACGACCAAAAGAUGUUAUAGAUCAUUUUGCAGUCAUCCGUUCCUUGUGGGUAUGCUGUGUUUUUUAUUAUUUCUGUACAGAUCAUCUCCUUUUGUGUUUUCUUUACUGGUGUCUGCUUCUCCUGUUCUUGUUUGCACUGCUGUUUUGCUGGGCACCCUUUUAAGUUUUGGGCAGCCGAAUAUACCUGAAAUCGAAAGAGAUGAGAAAACGAACCAUGAGAUUGCAUCUUUGAGAACUGGGGUAUUUGGGGAUGAUGUUGUUGUUGAGAAGAAUGAGAGCUACAAUGUUGAGAAGUUCACAGAUAGGAGAGGGGAUGUGGUAGAGCAGCUAAAUGGUGUUGCAAGUUCAAUUGCAAACAGGGCUAGUGAGCUUCAUCGAGGUGAUGGAGUGGACUAUGGAGCUCCACUCAUCAAGGCAAGGUGUCAGGAUAUUGAAUUUGAGAAUAGGCUAGUUGCGGAAGAAGGGAGAAAAUUACGUGAUGAGGGAUUUGAGGAGAAAAAUGAAAUAAAUGAUGACAGACCAGUUGAUGGCAAUGCUAAGACAGAUGAUGAGGAUCUUGAAUUGGAAAAUGAUAAAUCACCAGCUGAAUCCUUUGAUUCUGAAAGGGUGAAUGUAGAUUCUCUAGAUUCUCCUCCUGGCUCACCUUGGAAACAUGUCGAGGAAGGGGAGGAACGAGAAGAAGAAGAGGAGGAGGAGGAGGUAGAAGAUGAUGAGGCUUUGGAUUCUGGGUCUGAUAGAGCUGAAAGUUCCUCUCCUGAUGCUUCCAUGGCUGACAUAAUUCCAAUGCUUGAUGAGCUCCACCCCCUUUUAGAUGAGGAUGCUCCUCAACCUGUUUCAUUGUCACAUGAUGUCUCAGAUGCUGCUUCAGAACGUUCUCUUAGAUCCAGUGACAGCAGUAGUGAAUCAGAUGAUGAUAAUGAUGAAAAGCAGGAAGAUGCGGAAGCUGCUGAUGAGGAAAAUGAUGAUGGCGAUGAUGAGGAUGAAGUACAAGGAAACAGAGAGGGCCAAACAAAAUCUGCUAUUACAUGGACAGAAGAGGAUCAAAAGAAUCUCAUGGACUUGGGGACAUCUGAGCUUGAAAGGAACCAGCGUUUGGAGAGUCUUAUAGCAAGAAGAAGAGCACGGAAGACCAUGAGCAUGAUGGCCGAAAGGAACUUGAUAGACUUGGACAGUGCCGAUCUUCCUUUCAAUGUCGCACCCAUUUCAACUGCAAGAAACAAUCCUUUUGACCUUGCUUAUGAUUCCUAUGAUGAUAUGGGACUUCCUCCAAUACCAGGAUCUGCCCCAUCUAUUUUACUGCCAAGGAGAAACCCUUUUGAUCUGCCUUAUGACUCAAGUGAAGAGAAACCUGAUCUUAUGGGAGACAGUUUCCAACAAGAGUUCACCUCAUUUCAACCAAAAGAGCCCCUCUUCCGGAGGCAUGAGAGUUUUAAUGUAGGGCCUUCAAUCUUUGGCCCAAGCAGGCAAGAGAGACAAGACAGCAGGUUAAGACCAUACUUUGUCGCGGAAAGGAUGGAUUCAGAUGGAGCAGGCUAUUCAUCUUUUCAAAGACAAUCCAGUGAACUUAGUGACUCCAAGGCAAGUUCUGUUCCUGAAACAGAUUCUGUGGCUUCAGCUGGGGACAUAGAUGAGAAGUCCCUGGUUGAAGAAAAUAUUUCUCAUCAGGCAGAGGCACUGAGUUCAGUUCCUGAGGUGGUGCUGAUGGACCCAGCUGGAGAUCUGGAUGACAAGAACCUCUCUGAAGAAGAUAUAUCCCAAGAAUCAGAUCUCAUCUCAAUGAAAGAAUAUAAGAGCCCCACUGAAGAGGAUAUUUCUCAUGAACAAGAGCAUAUCUCCAAGAUAGAGCAUGUCUCGGAGCAUGUUGGACAUGGAAGCCAAUCUUCUGAAGAAACAGACACCUUGGAAUUGGACGAAAUUGAGCACAGAGAUGUGGAAGCGAAUGGGGUCAAAGUUGGUUUGCUGCAUGUUGAUAGUCAUCACAAAAUUGAAUCACUAUCAAUUGAGGAAGGAAGCUUUUCCAGUAGCAUGGAAUUGGAUCAAACUGAAACUUGUUCAAAUGCAGAAGCUGUGAAACAAGUAUAUCAAAGUACUUCAAGCUCAUCUUCAUUGUCAGAUGUGAGUGAAAGGAUCUCUUCAGAGAGGGAAGUAGGAGGAUUUUCUAAUCUUGUGGAAGGAUGCAUUGAUGUUGGUGAAGAGGCUGGUGUUUCUGCAAGGCCUUCAGAAGAAGGGUCAGAUUUGAAUAUGGCCCGUGAUACUCCACAGAAGGAGCCAGUUUAUGAUUCAAGUCCACCUGCAGUUAGGAAGAACUGUUCUUCAUCUUCUAUGUCAUCUGACUUUCAUGUGGAAACGGAAAUGCCAACUCUGUCAAUUAAGAGACCUCUUUCUUUUACUGAACGAGAAUCUGAAUCUGGUAAGGAGGAGAGGGACAAGAAUGCCUCUGAUGAUAAUGAUAUGUCUGCAUCGGUUGCUUUUCCAGUAGAUGAAAAUCAACGUGAAACUUGGAUGGCAACUGAUACAAGUGGCAACCACAUGAUCGGAGUUGAUUUGUCAGGAGCUGAUGAAGUCUCUAACAGCACAAGUGCUCCUGAAGCACCUGAACCACAUGUGAAGCUUGCUUCUAGGGACUCAAAAUCAUUUCAGGACACUGCUGUCAAGGGAGAUCUUACACAUCAACGUGGAAGUGAGCAUCAAGCUGAUAACAGCUUCGCUUUGGUUGAUGCAGAUGUUCAUCUUUUGGUCCAGAAUGUUGUUCAUUCAACUUUGGAGUCUAUGGCCACUUCUUCUGAAGAUCAAAAGUUUGUUGAGUCAGAUGAAACACCUUCACUGGCUGUUAAGCCAGUUCUGCAUGCCAACAUGCCAUACACUGUCGGUCAAUCUACAGAAUACCAUCCAGAGCAUUCAGUUGGUGAUGAUGUUCAUGUUGAAGGAAAGGAGAAACAAAUAUUUGCACAUGAUCAAUUUACUGCAGAAGAGAAGCCUACAACUGAAUAUAGUGAAGAGUUGGUUUUCUUAGACAAAUCUAGUGAUGAAACCUAUUCCAGGGCUAAUCAUGAAGGGCAGGAGAGUGCAGUUAUCGCUGAGGAGAUAAUUGAAGAAUUAAGCUCUCGAGACAACUCGAACAUCACAAGUCCCCAUGAGCUUGUGCAGGAAGCUUCAACUAAGAUCAACUCUCCAACUAGCCCUGUAUCCAUUUCCAUUCUGUCCGAGACUUAUGAAAGCAGAGCAGCUGAAGCUUAUUCGGAUAUUGAGAGCAACAGUGUUCAUAAUUUUGGAAAUGAUGACCGGCUUCAGGCUUUGGAGGACAUAAAUUUUGCAGCAGAGGCAACUAUUUCUCAAGUUAAUGUGGAAGAUAUUGAAAAUGAUGCAGAUGAGAUAAAGGAAAUUGAUGAAGUAUUAUUAUCAGAAUUAGAUGCAGUUGGUGAUUUUAGCAUAAAAGAACUGCUCACAACCUCAAAUGAAUUUGAAAAGCAUGUGGGUUCUGUUGAAGAGGGUUUUUCUAUCUCGGAUGAUACUAUACGUAGCACUAGCCCACUUGAUGGUGACUCUAUUAAAAUGCAUGAAAGUAUCUCUAUACCACCUGUGAUGAAUGCAUGGCCAUCCGAGGAGGAUGAUGUUGCUCAAUAUGUAGAGGAGAUUAAAUGUAUCUCAGAACCUCAAACGUCUGUGACAAACACAACUGAGCUUGCUAACUUAUCUAGUGGGAGUUCAGUUGAGGGAGUUCAGAUUCACAUAGAUUCCAGAUCAACAGAACAAGAGAUGUUGCCAAGACAAAAUCAAAUUGGGCUUGCAAAUCCCUGCACGAAACAAAAUGCAGAAGAGGUCAUGCUUGAUAUGCCAGUGAUUGAAGCACAAUCAAUACAAGAUGUUGAGUCCAGCUUGAAGAUAUCUGAAUUGAUGUCAGCAGAAAAGGUGGUCAUGCUUGGAAGUACUGAGAUUCCCCCUCAAAGUGAAGCCAAUGAAGCAAGCAGUUCCGGGAUGCAUGUGCUUGAAGCACGAAUGCAUCUAGGUGCUGAGCUCACCUUUGAAGAUACCACUCCGUUUGGCUCCUGGGACCAUGGACUGCAUGAAGGGUCAAGCCCUUCUGAGCAUAAGAUGGAUUUUCCACCAAGUCAAUUAGAAGAUGCUGAUUUGGAUCUUAGGCAAUCCAACAAAAUUGGCGUAGAGAGAGAGAUGCUGCCUGAUUCAAUUAGUGAUGGUUUGCAUGAGGCAGAAAUUAAAUAUUUGGAACGAAAAGAUUCAGAGUUGUCUAUUUCAGGAACUGGAUCUCUAAAGGAUCCAAGCUUGGAUCUGAGACAAGCCUCAGAACAUCAACAAGAUAAGGUGCUGGAGUCAUCAGCAUUAUUUGAACAGAAUGAAGCAGGCACCUCAAGAUAUCUGCAGUCAAAUACAAAUGAAUUGGGUGUACAAGAGGAAAGCAAUGGUGCUGAUGAAAAGCUGGAUCUAAAUAAUGUUGAAAGUCCUGAAAGUUUGAGUACUGAUCUUGCUAGUAAUCAAGGGGAAAAAUCUCACAAGUCAAGCACUAGAUCUAGCUCUAGCUCUGAUUCAAGUUCAAGCGAUUCUGAUAAAGAAUGAGAGCAUGAUUCAAUAACUGAGAAGGAGAAAGGGAGUGCUUCUCGAAGUUGGGUUUGAGUUUAUUCUUGGGACUGGUAUUAUAGUGGGUUGUUCUUAAUUUCUGAGGAAUUGUGACUUGGGUUUGGUUUAUUGUGCUUGAUUGAGAUGAUUGAUUUUUCAAGAAUCAGGCUUGUUUCGAAUUCUUGAAGUAUGAUAUUUUCUUCUUCGAGCAGUUUUGGCAUUUUCACCAUGUAUUGCUGAGUGUAAAUCUAAGAUGUCUUCUUCUUGUUUAACAAAUCCCAUUUUGUUUUCA